UAUUAUGUGGCCGAGUAGACUUAAAAACAAAACAAAAGGAAAAAAAUUCUCCAAAUUUUAUGUUUUUUAUUUUUAUAUUUUAUGAAUUGAUCUUAUUACAUUAUAUAGUAUAGGUUUUCUUUUAGUUGUGUAUCGGACAUUGGUUGGGCUGAGACUGACUUUUUGGUUUGAUCGCCGACAUGAAAAGAACUUUACGAUUCAAGCGAGUUGCAGCCAAACCUAAGAAACUCAUUCCCAUCCCCGCCGCCGACGAGAUUCCGUCAUCUGAGCGAUUAGAAGCCGAGGCAUUCUCAGAGCUAUCCGUUGAUAAAAUACCGAUAUUGCCCUUUUCCUUCUUCCAAAUUGACGCCCUAGACCUUGCCCCAGGAUUGCUCGGAAAGUUUCUCAAGAGAGAAGACGUCGUUCUUCAGAUCACCGAGGUAGAAGCUUAUAGACCCAAUGAUUCAGCUUGUCAUGGUCGAUUUGGCAUUACAGCAAGAACAGCCCCUGUUUUUGGAGCAGGUGGGCAUGCCUAUGUCUAUCUUUGUUAUGGCCUUCAUUCAAUGCUCAAUGUUGUAGCUGACAAGGAAGGUGUUGGAGCUGCCGUUUUGAUUCGUUCUUGUGCUCCAAUUACUGGAAUGGAGAUCAUUCAGCAGCGUCGAGGUCAAAAGACCGAUAAGCCUGUUCUUCUUAGUGGACCUGGAAAGGUUGGGCAAGCACUGGGUCUUACAACGGAAUGGUCCAACCAUCCCCUCUUCAUUGCUGGUGGAUUGGAAAUUUUGGAUGGUCCAGAGCCUGAAAAGAUUUUGGUUGGUCCACGUGUUGGCAUUGAUUAUGCUUUGCCAGAGCAUGUAAAUGCACUGUGGAGAUUUGCUAUUGCUGGUACCCCUUGGAUAAGUGCUCCUAAAAGCACACUCAAGCCCCCGUAACACACUAACAGGGUUUCUUUUGCCCUUUUUUGCGAGGGAAAUUCAUGGAUGGUAUCUUAUCCUGCAACUUAAUUGUGAAAUAUGACAGAUUUUAUAAGCCCUUAUUUGAAUAGCACAGGGUUUCAUAAUCCAACAUUGUAAAUACAAGAAAAUCUACUCAUGCAAUGCUGCCUUGUAAUGAAUUGUGAAGCGUGGAACAGUUUUAAGCUCGUCAUUGAAUAGCGAUAUACUCAUGCAACACUUCA